AUGGUAUCAGAGCUACCACGCCGCUCUUCUUAUGUAGCCGCCGUUUCAGGAGUCGACAAUGCCACACUAGCAACGCAUGCCAGUACUCCAAUCACGCGAUCGCCGAUACGUCCAGUUCCAGAAGCGAUUCCACAGAGGAAUCUGAAUUUCCAGUCGCAAAGGUCCUAUGAUGUAGAAGAGGAGGAGAAUCCGCUCAUCUUAGGCGCGAACGACAAUCCUUGCACCAUCCUCGUGAGUCCACCGCUCGCCGGGAGUUCAAACUAUAACACGUGGUCCAUAUCCAUGCGGAACGCUCUUGAAGUGAAGAAUAAAUGGAGCUUGGUGAACGGAGCUAUUCCGCCGCCAAGCAUGGAGCAAAAUCACUACAGUGCAUGGAGACGAUGCAACUUGAUCAUAUGUUCCUGGAUUUUUAAAUCGUUGCAUCCAUCAAUCGCACAAAGUGUGAUGCAUUUUGAGAAAGCCAAAGAUAUAUGGGAGGACCUGAGGAGGAGGUUCGUUCAAUGCGAUGCACAGCGCAUUUCGAUCUUGCAGAAUGAUAUCUAUAGCUUGAAGUAG